AUGUUAAAUACUAAUAAUAAUCAAGUAUUAGAAAGUACUACCAAUGUAUAUGUUAAAGUUAAACAAUCUAUUAUUGUUACCAAUGAAAUUAUUCAACAAAUUUCAAAAGUAUUAUCCAAUAAUAAUCAAGAAUUAAAAGUUACAGCUCGUUAUCCUAAAACAUUCAUUACUUGGUUAAAUAACCAACAAUUAGAAAAGGCUAGAAAUGAAUUAUCUUCUAUUAUUGAAAGUAUUGAACGUGUACCAUAUGAACAUAGAAUUACUUUUUCUAAAUUAGAUAUGAAUAGUUUAUUAUAUUCUAAUUUAAGAAUUGUUAUGAAAUCACAAGAAGAUGAUUCUACUACUUCUAAUAAGAGAGAUGCUACUACUACUUCUUCAUUGAAAUCUAUUUUAAAUAUUAAAGAAGAAUUUACAUUAACUUUACAACAAAAUAUUGAAAAUGUAAAGAGUUCAACUAAAAAGAGAAAUAGUCAAUGGUUAAAGAGAGAAUUAGAAAAUGCCUUUACAAUUCAAGUAGAAGAAGAAGAAAAUGAUGUGUAUAUUAUUGCUUUACAAAAUUUCAAUGUAAAUAUUUGGCCAUUACUUAAACAAGAAAAAGAAAAUCAAUUACAAGUUCAAUCAUCUGCUAGAACUAAUAUUGUAAACAUGUUAAAUAGAAGAAGAUCAUUAGAAGAAUAUUCUCAACAUUAUGAAUUGAAAGAAUAUGAUGAUCUAUCUCAACAAUUAGGUGAAUUAUUAUUAAAUUCAUUAUUUAAAGAAAAUGUAGAAUCCAUUUCAAGACAAUUUCCACAAGAAUUAUUAACAUUUGGUUCAAAUAUUGUAAUUCAAAAUGGUGGUCAAUCUAAUUCUGGUAAUUCUGGUAAUUCUAAUAAUAGAUUUAUUUGGGAUCAAGGUAUUACAGGUCAAAAUCAAGUGAUUCAAAUUAUUGAUUCAGGUGUUGAAGUUAAUCAUUGUCAUUUCUUUAAGGAAAAUGAAAAUUAUUUUACCACACCAAAUUAUUCCAAUAGAAAGAUUAUAUUCUAUCAACCUGUUACAUUAUGGGGUGAUAAAUUAGAUAAUAAUGGACAUGGUUCACAUUGUGCUUCUAUUGCUGCUGGUAAUAUUGAUUCAAAUGAUGAAACAAAUCCAAUGAAACAAGAUACUGGUGUAGCUCCACAAGCAAAGAUUUAUGUUACUGAUGUUAUGAGAAGUAUUUUCUUUUAUGUUUCUUCUUUAAAUAGUUAUUUAACUACUGCUUAUAGUAGACAAGCUAGAAUUAGUAGUAAUAGUUGGGGUUGUGCAAAUCCAUUCACUUGUUAUUAUGAUUGUGAUUGUUAUGAAUAUGAAACAGGUAAACCAAUUAAUGAUACAACAUGUUUAGCUCAAUAUGGAGUUAAAUGUUGUCAAGUAUGUAAUUCCUAUGAUAAAGAUGCAUCAACAUCAGAUUCCUUCACACGUGCCAAUGAUGAAAUGUUAAUUGUAUUUGCAGCUGGUAAUAAUGGACAUUUUUCAAGUGAAGGUGGUACUAUUUUAACACCAUCUACAUCAAAGAAUGCUCUCACUGUCGGUGCACAAUAUGCUCACUUACAAGAAUAUACCAGAUUUAAUACGACACCAAUUGAUGAAGUUUUAUUUAAUCAUGAAAAUAUGGCCUAUUUCUCUGCACGUGGUAAUACUGCUGAUGGUAGAUCUAAACCUGAUGUUGUUGGUCCUGGUGUUUUAAUUUGGGCUGCCUAUAAUAAGAAUGUUACUCAAUGUACUCCAUCUGUUACUUUAACUCAAAAAUCAGGUACAUCUAUGGCAACACCAAGUAUUGCUGGUAGUGCAGCAUUGGUUAGAGAUUAUUUAACACAAAAUAUUGGUUUAUUAAGUAUAUAUGAUAAGAAUCCACAACAAAGUAUUUCAGGAUCACUUGUUAAAGCCAUGAUAAUUCAUUCAGCACAGAAAAUGAAUGGAUUUGUUCCAAUGAAUGGAGUUAAUACAGCUGAAAUACCAUCAAUUUUACAACCAUUAUCUAAUUUACCAUUCCCUAACAAAUUUAAUGGAUAUGGUAGUGUUAAUUUAAAGAAUUCAUUAUUAUUUUCUAAUGUAGAAGAAUCAAAAUCAUUAAUUGGAUCUAAAUUAUUUAUUAUUAAUAGAUAUUCAUUAUCACCAAAUCAAGAAUUAAAUAUUCCAUUCUAUAUUAGUAAUAGAAAAUCUAAAAUACCAAUUAAAGUAACAUUAACAUGGUAUGAUUAUGCUGGUACUAUUACUGAUCCAUCAACUGUUACAAUGAAACAAUUAAUUAAUGAUAUUGAUUUAUAUUUAAUUAAAUCAAAUUCUAAUGAAAUUAUUAAUUCAAAUCCAGGUGUUGAAAGAUCUACACAAGAUGAUUCAAUUAAUACUGUUGAAAAGAUUAUCAUUUCACCUGAACAAUUAUUACAAUCUACAACUACAACUACAACUACAACAACUGGAGGUGAUAAACGUCAAUUUACAUUGAGAAUUGUUGCCAAAUCAACAAAUAUUGGUUCACAAAACUUUUCAUUGGUAGUGAGUGGUGAUAUUGAACAAGGAUUGGCACCAUCACCUCUAUUGGGUUAUAAAAUCAUUUCUAAGGGUUCAAUUCUCUCACAAAAUGCACAAUCAUCCUCAUUAUUAAUUCCAGGUUCAAUUGCAACUGAUAGACCAUUCCAAGUACAACAAUUACAACCAACAAGUAAUUAUGUUUUAAAUAUUAAUAAUGAUGAAUCACAAUAUAUUAUUGAAAAUGCUCUUAACAAGUAUGAUCAAUUACAAUCAUUACAAUGUACUGUUAAUAAUAUGGAUCAAAAUAUUCCAGCCAGUGGAUUUGUAUUCAAUUCUAAUAAUGUUUAUUGUUUCCCACAAGGAUUGAAUGGUAAUACUAAAAUUACAUUCUCUGGUUCUGAUGGUCCAAUUGUAUUGAAAUUAGCAAGUAAUUUAAAUAGUAAUUUUAUUACAUUUGAAUUUAUUAAUGGUGCUACCUAUGAUAAUGUUUAUUGGUUAAUUAAUAAUAGUAUUGCAGUUAAUGGUCCUAUUUAUGGUAACAUUUUAACUAAGGGUGUUGUUAAUUUUAAUGUUGUUAAUUUAUAUGGUAGUAUUUAUAAUUUGGGUGGAAAUACUUUGAAUUUAAAUCAAUGUAAUUUUUAUUAA